AUGCCUCUGACCGCUCGUGUUCCCACAUCUGCUCCUGCUGGGCUCCUCCUCUGCAGCCACCUGCGAGUGGGCUGGACGGCGGGGGAAGCUCUCUUCUUUCCUGCAUUCCCGCCUCUCUUUCUCCCAUGCUUGUCCUCUUCAAACUUCAACUACCCCUCGCCAAGCCCUCAGCGCCUCGAGAACCCCGACAGUGCGCGGGGAGCCCUGACCAGCACCUGUUGUGGCAACUUUGCAACCCGUUCCGGCGUUCCAGCGACCGCUGAUCGCUUGCAAUUCCCGUUUUUCCAUCGUGUCCAGAACCCCACAGCUGAACGUCACUGGUCCUUCCAUGGCGUGAAAGCCUGGCUCUCAACAAGCUGCUGUUGCGAGGCCCUGAUCGUGUUUCGGUGGCCAUGA